AUGGCUACUCGUACACUUCAGGUGAACCGCCUCAAUGGACAUUCAUCUCAAGGCGUAGGUCCUAGACCUUCCAAAGCUUCUAUUCUGUCCAUUGUCGAAACUUGGUCCCGCUUAUUAUGUCGCUUGAAGGAGACAACAGCCACUAUCAAACAACGCUUUGAUGAGCGAGCUGGCAUAGAAAAGCAAAUAUCAGCCCGGGUUGAUGACUGGUGCAUUGAAGUCUUUCUGGAGACAUACACACGGCUAGAACAUCUUUCCUCCGAGUUGGAGAUGCAACUCGCCAUCACUGAGCGUUUGAAUCAAGCCCCCAAUCAAGCGGACGCAACCUUGUCAAAGUUUGCCCUCAAUCCAUGGCAGAUGGAGGAACGCUAUCGUGCAUUGAUACAAAUGCAAUCUUACUUAGGCUCAUUCUUUGAGAGGGCCAGUCCUGCCUACGAUCAGGCUGGAACAGUAUGGUGGUUCGACCCUUCAUAUCACCAAUCCAAUGGUCUCAAUUAUGAUCGAUAUGGAGCACCAGAUGUGAAGGAAUCCGAGGCACGACUUCUUAAAGCACUCAGUCUUGGCGAUGAAAAGUUGCCACUAAAGCUGCUAUUGACCUCCAGUGGCGUGGCGGCCUUCACCGUGUUACAUCAAUUUUUGAUGAGCAAGGUACUUGUCGCUGGGGACACAAUCGUCAUAUCUCCCUACCUGUACUUUGAGUGUUUUGAGCAUUUGCGAUUGGUCUCGCACCUCAACGUCGUCAAUUCCAGUACUUUCGAAGCUGAAGACAUCAUCGCAACAGCAGAGAAGCACAACGCCAAGGCUAUCUACCUCGACCCCAUGGCCAACACUAUUGGACUCGAGACUACAGAUGUGCGCCGUUUUGCCCAACUUACUUCAAACCGAGAUGGAUGGGCUGACAGGUUCUUGAUCAUCGAUGGUACACUUGUCUCAGGCGGGAUGCGGGUAUACGAUUGGUUCAAUCAACCCAGCCAUCCCAAUAUUCUCUACUACGAGAGUGCACACAAGUACAUCCAGAUGGGCAUGGAUGUUGUCAUGUGUGGACUUGCCGUCUUCCCAGAAGAAUACCAUGAAACCAUCGGACUCAUCCGCCAGGUUACUGGAACAACUCUUUACUCACGCCAAGCAAAUGUCUUGCCGCCUAUUGACUACGACAUUCACCAGUCACGAAUGCAUUGGCUGACCACGAAUGCUGAGAGGAUGUACCAUUUGUUGGAGAAGACAAACUCCAGCAUUGCUCAGUUCAACUUCCCAACCCACUGGCGUAAGCUGGGCUGGGGCCACGGUGGCAACGUGGUGACAAUUCGACUUCUCGGAGACAAGAUGAACGAGCGGUCGAGUCUGGAUCAAUUUGUCAGCUUGGUUCUAAGGGCUGCUGAUGAGGAGGGUGUUGCUAUGACAAAAGGAGGUGGUCUUGGAUUCUCGGUGACUCGCAUUUGGCCAUCGACUCCUUUCAUCAGGAAUGAGGAUCCAUACAUGAGAAUAUCUGUAGGUGUGGAUCCUGAUGAGGUUGAGCCAGUGGUUAGAGCGAUUUGCAAGGGCCUUGAUAGACACUUUCGUGCUUCAGCAUCUCCAAUGGCACAAUGGAGACUUCGCGAGAAUGGACUUGCAGGUAAUGACAUUCCUGUCAAAACAAAUGGUUAUCACAAAGCAAACGGUAUGAAUGGGGAGAAUAGUUUGGUAAAGACAGGGAGUGCUUAUUUUGAUCCUAAUCGAUAG